AUGGCGCAUUGUACAAUUCAGCCUCUCACUCUCUCCAAACUUCCCAACUCUUUCACAUCUCACCAUAAACCCUCUUUCACUCCCAACCGUCUACUCUUAUCUCGCUCAGUUUUCGUUAGAAAUGUACGGGCAACAGCGUCUGAGAAAACAUCGAGUGGCGCAGGUAGUUUUUUCAACGAGAAACGUGAUGCUGUGGUAACUCUAGAGGCUGAUAAAAAUGGUUACAGUGAAACUGUGGAGAAUGGAGAACCAAAGGAAGAGUUGCCUUCUGAUGGAGAAAGCCUGCCGUUGGAUUUCCUUGAAAAGCUUAAUUUAAAGAUCGACUUAAAUGACACUGCUUCUCUUGCUGUGUAUGGCGGUGGUGCUAUAGUGACCCUGUGGUUAACUUCAGCUGUCAUUGGUGCUAUUGAUUCUAUCCCAGUGAUUCCCAAACUGUUUGAAGUUGUAGGACUUGGAUAUUCAUUAUGGUUUACUUACAGAUAUUUGCUUUUCAAGAAAAAUAGAGAUGAGCUGUCCUCUGUAAUAGAGGGACUCAAGGAACAAGUUCUUGGUUCAGAAAAUCAAUAG